CAAAGGCAUUUCUUAAUGCGGGAGCCAACUGCAUCUGAGGAUAGUCAUGCUCUUGUUAUUUCUGGAUCACAUAUUUCCCAAUCAUUUAUUUUCCACAAUCCUCUGCUGCGUUUCACAAUAUUCAUGCAUUUUCACUUUCUUUCCUAGUCUUCGACCCUUCUUACACUGAUUUAUGCCUUGACGCUUCUAUACAACCACUGUUGAGAGUGAAUAUCACUCUUGGCCCCUUCUUUUCCAUCAUCUUUUAUAAGCGAACAUCAUCUCAGACUAUAAGACGAUAUGGACACGCAGAGCGGCGUCGCAGAAGAGUUCUUAGGAGGCUUCGAACAGACCUCAUCGAUUACCGAAGAAGAAGCCCAGGAGCGAAUUGACUUGCUCGUUACACCCGAAGACGAGAAGUGGAAUGAUGUCCUUCAGGAGUUCCAAAGGCUUUUCGCAGAUCCCGACAUGACGAUAGGUCGAAUCUUAUCGGACAAGUUUACCACACACGAGGCUCGUCUGUUUAUACCAUCUGAGUUAGCCGUCCUAAAAGCCAUACAAGAGGAGAAUACCCGCGACUUCUACGAUCUCUUAGGAUCUCGGUUCCAAGGCGUCACACCUGAUAUUCCCACAAAACUGACAAUGCUUUACUUUGGGCUCCAUGUUGAGCCAAUGGACUUCCAAUUGGCGAAGAUGACUUUUAAAAUGGAGAGUCGAAAGCCAGAGCCGCCGCGAUAUGCCAUUGAUCCGCCGUUGCAUUUUCUCACGGCGCAUAAAGAGCGCAAUUAUGGGAAAGAUAUGCUUAGAGGUAAAUUCGAUCUUAGAGAUUCCGAUGUUCCGUUUGUUAACAGCUGUCUAGGGAAAGAGGACCCAUCGUAUCCCAUACCCGUUGAGCCCCCGCAGAGUUGGCUGUCAAGUCUUUCGAAUACCUUUUUGACAGAGCAACAUUCACAGAUUGAGCAACCAACUGUGCGUCUUCGAGGUGGUGGAGCAAGCGAUGACAGCGACUGCAGCCAAGAGAAUGAUGCUUGGAAUGGUGGGGAUGACGACGACUUCGCUGGCAGUGAAAGCAAUGGAGAACACGGCAACGAAGACAGCGACUAUGAAGACAACACACCGGAAGACCAGCUUCACAGGGAAGAAAAAGAAGCCGAAGACGCCACCAUGGAAAACAUUGACAAUGAUGGAGAUUAUAUGCCUUGUUUCUUCAUCGGGCCCAAUACCACGGACAAAGAGUGGUUUAGUAUUCGUGCCAGGAUACCGACUCCAUCGGCGAAGAUCAAGAUUCUUGAUUCAAAAGCAUGGAAUUGGCGGGAUCAAGUUGACAAGACCAACAUCUGGGGCCCACGAUAUGGACGCGUGGCCGACAUUCAAGCUGCAAUCGAAAAGCCUGAGGACGAAGAUGCCAGGGAGCAAGAGGAAGAAGGAGCUCCUCAGGAUAGAGCUGAAGAGCCAGCCCAGGAGGCAGUCCAGACGCCAGUUCGUGACAGCUCUGUUGGUGUAGAGGCUGUUAGGGCAAGACUACGAGAGACGGAACUGGUUAAAAUGACUCAUCCCGAGCCGGCCAAAACCCAACGUCUAGGUAGAAAUGCAUCUGGUGAUAGCGACAUGCGGCAAAGAUCAUGGCUCCAUCAACCCAGUGUCUAUGACAACUUCGAAUCGUGCUCACAGUCGAACAGCUCUGGCAUUCAAAUCCCAACGAAUGGGCCAUCUGUCGAACAUCAGCUUCGCACCGGAGACAAUAUGCCAAAUAUAGCAACGAGAUUCAGGACGCUCACGGAGCAAGCACGCCUUCAACGAGCGUUAUGGGACAUGCGAAACAUUCGCUUGAAUCGGAUACCACCCCUAAUGCUGAGAAAGUGUAUGUUUUGCAACGGCAUUAUACCCAAGCAUUGGAGCAAGGAACGAGUUCAUCGCCAUCUGAGAGAAAAGCAUAGGAAUGAGCUCAUGGAAGCUUUAGGAGUUACCAAAGCAACCAUACGGCGGUUCGACGGCAAAGGGGUCAUCUCUAUUCCCCUAAAAAGAGUCGAGAGGCGUCUUAACCCUUCACCAGUGGCAUUGGCCAAUGAUGACAUGGUUGUUGACCAACCGGAAACACAGAGCCAUCGCCAAAAGAAGGGUUCUGAGUUUUGUGAUCGUUGUGGCGACGAUGGAAACAACUGCGAAGUCGACACACACCAUCCUGCUCAAGAUGGACGAGAUCAAAAUCGGAACAGUUGCAAAGGAUCCAGAGCAGAGCGUGGAAGAUACUGUCGCUAUUGCGGCGACGAGUUCAGUGGUAACGCUAAUCAAGCGGAUUGGGAUCGGAACGCAGCUCAUAUGGUCGCGUGCUAUAAGAAGAAUGAUGGACAAAAAUCUUUGUUUUUACCACCAGAUGUUGCGGCAUUCAAUCAACAACAGGAUAAUCUUCGAAUGCAGAUAAAUGAAGCCGAGACUGGGGCCGUCGAUUCUCAUGAAGAAGAGGAACUUCCGUCAAUCGAAGCUGUCUUUCGCGCCGCCGACUCUGAAGCAGAGCAAAGUCCGGAAGAAAUGGACCUGGAUGAGUCUGAUGAAGAGCCAAGACGACCGCGGCCGACAAAAAGAUUCCAUGUGGGAAGAUCUGGUGAAGAAUCGACUGAUCCUUCAAAGGAUGGCACUGUUACUGUUAACAGAGCACUUGUGCAAGCCGUUAAUCGUGCAAUAAAUGGCUGCGAGACACCUCUGACAGAGGCUCUUGAUCCAGAUGCACAUCAAAAAGCUCUCCCUACCGCACUUGAGAGAGUCCUCGCCAACAUUCCACUCGAUGAAUUCGAUGUAUCAUCUCCAAGCAUGACCCGAAGUAGGGCUGCUUCUCAACCAGCAAACUCAGAUCCACUGGCGGCCGAGAGCGAAAAAGAGCCUGAAGUUAGCCAACCAGAGACCCAGAAGAUGGCCGAAUCCCCUGAACUUCAAUCCCCCGAGUCCUCAGAAUCUGAACCAGACAAUGGGUCUGAUUUCGAGAAUGAACCAGAUCAAGACAAGUCUGAUGACGAAGAGUCAGAAGAUGACCCUCAUGGAGAUCCCUCAAGCUCGAAACGUCACAAACGAGGAGGCAAGAAGCGAGGCAAGAAGGGAGACCGCAACUAUACGUUCUCAGGCGACGAAGAUGACGACGAAGACAGCGAGACAGACGAAGACGGGAAACGCACCAGGCCACCCCGACGCGCUCCAUCGCCCAAUUGGGGACUUGAUGAUCCUAAAUUUGAGCCGACUGACGACUAUUACUGCUCAAAAUGCUUCCGCAAGGCUCCUAAGAAACAUAAACGGGAUAGAUCCCCCCUAGGAAGAACCAAGGAAAUCGAGCUCCAUUACGACAAAAAUCGCUGCUGCGGAAUCCGUCGCGGCAUAGGAUCAACCAAACGCCUCCCCAACCGCAGCGGCUGGAUCCCAUCCGCCGCCAUGCCCAAACCCCUCGGCAACCUCCGAAAGCAAUUCCUUCGCCGAUAUCCCGCCUACUCUCGCACCUUGUACCCCCUCAACGCCUCCAACGCAAACGGCUCCUACUGGCGUUCUGACCCAAACAACGACGACAACAAAGGCUGCUGGGACAUUCCCUGGCCUCCGUUCCGAGGCCCGACUCCUCUGCCCAACGGCUGGGUAGCUCCCGACGAGCUCAAUGCCCCUGUCACCGGAAAGGCUCGGAAGCAGUUCAAGUUGAGGUCGGAGGGAGAUUCAACAUAUGUCCAAGACAAAAAUGUUCGGUAUUCGGAUGAUGAGGAAAUAGCUUCGGACAAGGAUGUCAACGGGAAGAGGAAGAGGAAGAGUAGACCUUCUUCUGCGGUCAACAGCAGACAUGCGACUCCUACACCUGGGAAGAUACCACAGAAGCCUGACGCAAAGGCAGAGAAAGCGGCUACACCUCGACCUGUUAAGAAGAAAGUAACGGUAUUGCAGAAGGCGUUGAAGGGAAAGGCAGCCAGACCACGAAAAGCAGCGCCAAAGAAGACGGAAAGAAAGGAGCCAACUAGAAGAUCAGCGAGGAAACGCCAAAAGACUGGAUAAAGGUGGUAGAAUGGUUAUGAGUUUUGGAUUUUGGAUUAGAAUGUUUGCCGGAGUGUCUGUAAUAUGGUAGUUUUGUUACUUGAUGUUGAAAUGUUUCAUGUUAGAAUAUGUUUUUGGAUUAGUUCGAGUUUGCUUCAAUAGACAAAAACA